CUUUUGCAAAAACCUGAUCCUAAAAUAGCACUACUAUAAACCAUAACAAACUGCGAGUUAUUAUAUUACAUAAAAUCAACUGAAUCUACUUUACGUUGUUAUUAUAAAAUGUGUGGUUUGAAGUAUUCCCGGUAUGUUUUUCCUUCAUUAUUAAGUACACUAAGUCUAAAUGAAAACUGAUAGUUUUAAGAAUAUAGAAUACAAACGCAUACCGCAUCCGCAUACUCAUACACUACACACUUACACUAGUCACCCGUCUUCUUCUCUCUUCUAUCUUCUAUAUAUAUUAAGGGCACACGAUCAACGUAUUCUGGCUCCUAAUGUAUGUAGAGGGGAUUUGCAAUGUUUCUGUGCCUGGUAUUGAAGAGGAUAUUUCACUGGUUGCAAGGGCUAAUCAGCGAGGGUAUCUGAUUCUGAACUGGGUUAACUGGGGGUUGGAAGGCCUGAGCCUGAGGCAAUUCAAAUUCAAUAGACGCAAAUGUGUCAGUCAAGUGUUGUCCCUCAAAUGCUCCUUUCUAGCCUUUUGGAAGCUUGUUGUAAUCUCUGAAUGUCUUUGGCAGGAAUGAGCAGUUCCUGUCCUGUGUUCUUGCUGUUAUUAGCUAGAAUUACCUGUCAUGGCCUCGUGGCUGCCUGCCUAGGGGCAGAGGGACGAGUUUCUGUUUAAUGCUGGAGUACUGGACCAGCCCAUUAUUUAUCUUGUACAUCAUGGAAUAGUACUAUUAAAUAGUGGUAGUAGUAUUAUUUGAGUAUGCCUGUGACUGUGAGUGUGUAGCAUCUGAUCACCUUUGACUCACGGAAUUUCCAAAUAAAUCAAGUGCUGUAUGUCUAAAUUAUAUUAUAUUUAUAUACUCCACAUUAAUAUACGUAGAGUUAGUUAUGCUUAGUAGGCUUACAUUUUAAUAUGUUAAAUUAAUUCCAUCGCCAUCACUUUAAUGUUCAAUGUUAGGCAAUAUUUAAAUGAAUUUUAAAGUUAAGUCAGUGGUCGGCAACUGAGUGUGGCUCGGACCAGUCGGCCACAAAUCGGUUUUGACUCUGAAAAACAUGAUUCUUGAAAAGAAAUUUGGUUCUAUGCCAUUGCUAUUAAUUAGAUUGAUAAUUGACUUGACACUUGAGGCAUUUGGCAAGUAUUGGCAGGCAUUGGCAUAAAUAACGGGGCCUAUUUCUAUAAUUAUAAGUAAUAUUUAAGUUAAUUAAUAUUUUUGGCUGUAAAGGCCAGGCUGGGGGCUAAAGCUAGUAUAAAUCAGUAUGUGAAAAAUAAAUAAAAUAUGAAAUUGCCUAAGACUAAAUUCAGAUUACUAAAGACCACUUUGGCUUAACUUCCCAUUUAAAUAGACAGAAGAGUAGGGAAGAAUGUGAAUGGCCAAUGGAUCAGACAGAAGAAAUACAUCUAAAUAUGCACCCCUAUCAAAGUCAGUGAAAGUAAGAGUUAAUAAAACUAAGAUUUAGAACAAAAAUUAUUAAUUAGCAUAGUGAAGAAAAAAAAAAAAAGAGGAUAGUGAAGACCAAAAAACACUUGGCAUAGAGAGAUAGUAAAGUAUGAACUUAAGAUUGGUAAGAGUUGGAAGGAUUUAGAGCCUGGGAGGUCAAAGUCAGUGAAAGUAAGAGUUAAUAAAACAAAGAUUUAGAACAAAAAUUAUUAAUUAGCAUAGUGAAGAAAAAAAAAAAAAAGAGGAUAGUGAAGACCAAAAAACACUUGGCAUAGAGAGAUAGUAAAGUAUGAACUUAAGAUUGGUAAGAGUUGGAAGGAUUUAGAGCCUGGGAGGUGUGGAAAGUAAUUUUUAAUGGCCUAUGCUCCAUUGGAAGUUUAAAAAUGUCAAAGAAGACAAAAAAAGAAUAAAACUAAGAUUUAGAAUGAAAAUAAGAAAGUAGCAUAGUCAAAAUAUACUACUGAGAAAUUUACCUUUAAUAUUAACCCCCCCCCCCCUUUUUUCCCCCUCUGUUAUCUUAGGUUUUUUGCACAAUUUAACUAAAAUUUAGUUGUUAUAAUUUGAGGCCAAGGUAUCUCAGUGCUGUGAAAACUUUGGUCACCUUUAAAAAAUUCUAAAAUAUAUGUAUCAUAUUCAAAAUAAUCGUUUUCAUUGUUCCGUAUGUGUUUUUAGAAUAAUGACAUCAUGAAUAUUAUGAAUAAAAGCACAGUUUUCUUAAACUAAAGACUUCUCCUUGGUCAACAAUAUUAAAUAUAUGUAUAAUUUUCAAAAUAAUCAUCUUCAUUUUUACGUAUAAUAAUAUGUUUUCAGAAUAAUGACAAUGUGAAUAUUGUAAUACAAGCACAAAUUUCUAAACCUUAAUUAGAGACUUCUCCUUGGUCAAAGGUUUUCUCAAAAUUAGAUAGUGCUGACUUUAGGAUCUCACCAGGUAAGUAUCAUGUAAGUGACAUGAUAGUUUCAUUUCAUUAUGUCAUGCUUCAAAAAAGAAAUCAAAUAUUUUCCAAGUUGGAUUCUUACAUUCAUAUCUGCUAUAAAUUUAAUUAAUUUUCUUAGAACUAACUAUACAGAAGGCCCAUUUAAAAAAAAAAACGUAUAUCAAUUAAAGGUCUCAAGGUCAGAUGUGGGACAAUAUUAUUAAUUUUAUCCCCACCUAUUAAAAGAAACUGAUUAUAAUUCUAAUUUAUUCACUUUGAGCAGUUUUACCAAUGAGAACGCACUGUCUGUCUAUGAAAAAUUUUAAGAUAACUGCUUAUAAUUGAAGGAAUAAUAAUUGUUGAUUAAAAUUUACAAACUAUGCAAAAAUGAUGAUUUAUCAGCUCAUUUGAAUUGAGCAGAUAAAAUUUGUCUGACAAAUAUGCUUCAUUAAUAAUCAUGUAGAAAAUUGGGGUGGGUGGUGUGAAUAUACAUGUUAUUUUUUAAUGUCAUGAUUAUGUUUGCUAAUAUUUUUAUGUACAGCACGGUGAGCCCAGCCCUAAGCUGAGGUACCGCGCUAUGUAAGACCACUAAUAAUAAUAAUAAUAAUGUGAAACUGGCAGUGUUUUGAAGUAUUUUUAUAUAUGAAUAAAUCUUGGAUGCUGUUAGUUUAUGAAUGAUUUAAUUCUCAUCAGCAUUUAUAAUAAAAAGAUAAACAAAAAUAUUUGCCACAAGGUGCCAAAUGUCAAAUAAAACACUUUUUGUUAAAAAGUGAAUGGCAACCAACAUAAUAACCGCCUAAAAUUAGUAUUUAAAAUGGUUAACGUCUAAUGCCCAAUUUAAAUUUAUGCUUUUUAUUGAAUCAAGCAAUCUUCAUCAGCCUCUUCAUCAUAAUUUCAUAAAAGAAAAGAAAAGAAGAAAAAAAAGCAGAAGGAAAAAAAGGAAGAAAAAUACAAGCGAAAAACAAAAUCUAUCGCUAUUGAAUUGCUGUUUUGUAUUAGAUGGUGUUCUGCAAACCGCUCUAACCAAAGUCAAAGCACGUUUUCAUACAGUGCCUUCGGCGUUGUGUCAUAAGUUUGCAGAAUGUUUCUUUAAAUUAGAACCGGCGCUUGCUGUCUGCCGGCCAUUAUACUGUUUAUUUUGUAUUAUUACAUGUAAAAAUUGGUCUGAAAACAAAAGUUAACAGUUACGCCACCAAUUAUAGGUGGCUAUUAGGCUGGUAACUGUGCACUAUCUUACAUAGAGUAUUCUAUUUUACAUUUGGGGACGCUGUCCUGAGGAGUGCCACAAGUCCUAUCCACAAUUUACGUUACAUUUUUUUGUUUUUUGUUUAGCUUUGAAAACACAUCUUAGAGCCAGUGGGAGAAAACUCGAAAUGCCAGGCAAAAUUGCAGAAGUCAAUCCUCUUCUAGCCAGCAUUGAUGAUGUUGUGAUUGAUGAAAAUGGCCGCUUCAAAUACAUCUUGUGCAAGGUCUAUCAGGAUGGCAAUAAAAAGGAAUCCAAGAUGAUAGUCAGGGGGACAAAGCAAGCAGAGUUUCAUGGUAGCACACAGCAUUCAUAAAACUAUUGCUUCUAUAUCUAUCUCUUACCUCCUUAUACAUUACAAAUUAUAAAAAAAAAGACCAAAAAAAAAAAAACCCUAUAAAACAGAGAAGGAAUAAAUUUAAGAAGAAAAUUAAAUAUUUGUUUUUGAGCAAGAACAUUUUACAUUCUUUUAUAAAGUCAUCUGGUGUACGCAAAAGAAAGAAUUAUUUAAGUUAGUUUUAGUUUAAAUCUCAACUUAAAUUGUAUUUAUCAGACCCAUUGAACCUUUAAAUAUCUAGUUGUGAUAGAAUAAUUUUGAUAACAUAAUUUUCCAUAUGACAUUUAAAGUAUCUGAAUUUGAUUGCAUGUAAACUUUAAAGUAGACUUUCCAUUGAAACUUCCCUUCUUUGUGAUAAUUUGGGUCAACUUGUAUCUUGUCUCUGUGCAUACAAAUUUCAGCUGAUAUCUAUGACCACCUUGAUGCCUUCCUGGAAGAGAUAGGAGUCACAUGCGAAUGUGUGGGUGGUGGCAAGAUAGAGCAUGAUUCACUGGCUAAAACCAUCAAUGUAUUUGGGCAAUCACAGGUACAGGUAGCUUUUUAAGUCUUAUAUAUAAAUAUACAUUUAAGCAAUUUCUUGGUCUUAUAUAUGUAUAUUAUGUAUAUUAAAACAUUCACCACAAACCAGUGCUACAAAGUUAAAAUAUAUUUUACAAUUCAGGUUUACAACUCAAAACAAAUAAAUUAAAUAAUCUACCAUUAGCUCUGGGAUAUGUUUUCUUUUUACCUUUGCCACUUUGCAUUUAAAAAUCAUUCAAAGUUCUAAUUAACAGAUGCCAUAAUUUUUACAAGAAUAUAAUUUUUGUGUUUGCAGCCUAUGAAAUUUGACUAAUGAAAUCAGCAAAAUCAUAUGACCAGCACACCUAAACCCUUUCAAAAUUGCAGCGUCCCACCACAAAUAGAAACAGUUUAAACAAUGUUUGAGUACAGAUCACAUAUGAAAUUAACCUGUGCCAUUAGAACUUUCAUAUCAAAUAACAUAUUGUACCGGUAGUUAUAACAUUCAUAAUAAUUAAAAAUAUUCAGCUUCAAUUUCAAAAGAAGAAAUGUUAAAUAAAACAUACAGUCCCAAAAUAUAAAAAGUAUUUAAUAUAAUGAGUUGCCUUAUUUGUAGGUUAAAAUAUUAGACCCAAUCUUUUUUUAGGUAAACAUAGCUGUUUUAUAUUUGAUUAAAUAUCUAACAAAGCAACUCGAAAUUCACCAUCAGCCAUCUAAUCACAACAGCUUAUAAUUUUGUAUAAGAGUGUCAAAAAUUAUUUAUUUAAAAAAAGCACAGAAAGAUUUUGAAUUCAAAUUUUAUUGAAUAUAUUAUGUUCAUCCGUGUUAGCACAAUUGUUUUUAUUUUAGACUUCUAAUGAGUCUUCUUGGAACCAUGCAACAUGCCCAAUUUACAUGUGCACAUAUUUUGUGAUAUGUUAAUUGACAAGUUUGUUGCUUGGUAAUCACUGUCCAAUUUAUUCAACACACUUUCAUAAAAUUUAGGUGUCCCCAUAAACUCUGUCUUUUUUUCUCAUCUUUGAGGCAUGUGCUGCUGCACACCUAGCACCAUUUUGUGGCACACCGGUUGCAUAGUUAUUUUUUUAAUGCACCAAGAUUUAAUAGAAUGUAAAUUUUCUACAUGAUAAUUAAUGAAGCAUGUUUCAGUUCCAUCAUAUUCAGAUCUCAGAAUAAAUAUUGCAAGUGAGUUAAUGAGAAACAAGCACUUUUUUUUCUACUUAUUGAUGGUGUCAUUAUGAGCAAACUGCAGAGUUUUGGGGGUGGGGUGGGGGGGGGGGCUGCAACAUAAACUUAUCCCGUCCUGCGCGGCACUAAGCCACUGUGUUUAUGUGUAUUUUCUGUGCUAAGUGUAUAAAUUGAAGUUAAGUUCUGAUUGAAAGCACAUUGAUAUCUUCUAAUAAAAGAUAUGUUAUGCUUAACAAUUACAACAAACAAGAUGUUUAAUGUGUUUUUUAUUCCAUUUAGUUAUACUCCAUGUAUUUUUCUUACAGGGUUAUGGCAAGGCUGAUCACUCCAUCACUGUCCGUCUACUGAAAGAAAAGUUCCCAGACUACCACUGUGUCACGUGGUGUGACGACUAAGUGGAGUGUUUAUUUUUAUUACUUGUCAAAGACUUGUAUAGGUAUUGUAAUUUGUAUUGAAAAUUGUUUUCAAAGCUUGAAAUGUUUUUUUUUUUUGUAUAUAAAAAUUAGCUACACCUGUAAAUAACAAUAGAAUUGAGUGCUUGUUGAUCCCAUGUAAAAAAAAAAGGGCAGGCUCAACAACUUCAUGAAUUCUACCCUUACAACGUGAGCUCCAUCUCCCCAUUUCUGACUUGCCUGUUGAGAUUUUAGAAAUUGUCACAAGUAAUAGAUCAGUUAACAUUUGUCAUUCAAAAAUCAUAACUUGAUGAUGGGUCACUUAGCUGUCAUAAGUCUCCUCUCAUCAAAACAUUAUUUCAUAUUUUUCUAUGUCCAGGACAGUGGUCGGCAAACUAGCUCUUCUUUGAAUAAAUAAAUGCCCCUCUUUUUUCAUUUGAUUUGAAAAAAAAUUAAAAAAAAUAAAAAGGAUUGAUAAUGACCUUUGAAGUAAAUGAAAACUAAAUGGAGCUUAAUGGCAAAAUGGCAUUAAAAUGAUAUUUUAAAUAUCUUCCAAGUGUCAAGGAAUUUCAUUUUAUACAAUUUUAAUGUAAUGAAAGGAGGAUAAACUUUAUUUUAUUUUGUAAUCUGUGCAACAUUGUAGUCCUGAUGUGUAUUGAACAAAUAGGACGUUCUACUUUGCAAAGAGCAAACACAUAAUUUAACUAUAAUAUUUUUUAAAAUGUUGUUUCUAAAUUUCAAGCACCAGAAGCACAAUAUCUCUUCAGAUGUCAUGUGCACGUUCGCUCUCCUAAAUCGGCCCCCUUUUGCCUGCCGUUUGCUAAAUUUUCACAUACUUGAUAUGGUUUAUAAAAUGGCUCUUCACAAAAAAAAAAGGUUGCUGACCACCCCUGGUUUCUAGGAAUAAAAUGUUUGGAUUCAUUAAAUGUAAGAUGUUAAUUUUUUUGUAUUCUUUCCACCUUCAAGUGUUUUGGUUUGAUAUUUCCACCACAUACAUUGGCAUACAGUAUGUUUAAACAGUUUUAGUCACAUCCUGCUGGACGUAAUGAUUCAAUUUUACAACUAGGAAAGAAAUGUGUCAUUUAAUAGUUUUUAUAAUUUUUUUUGCUUUAAAAAUUAGGGGGGGGGGAUUUUUUUUUUUUACCCAAGGUAAAAAAAAAAAAAAUUUGAAUGGAAUAAUGAAGGAAGAAAAAAGUUUUAAAUUAAUAUAAAAAUUAUAGUUUUUAUAAUUUUUUUUGCUUUAAAAAUUAGGGGGGGGGGAUUUUUUUUUUUUACCCAAAGUAAAAAAAAAAAUGAUUUGAAUGGAAUAAUGAAGGAAGAAAAAAGGUUUAAAUUGAUAUGAAAAUGUGACAGAAAGGUAUUUGUUGGGAUUCACCCCCUUUAUAAUUCCCUUCCCAACCCAAAACCGCCUAAUUUAUACUAUAGAAAAAAAAAAAAGAUGUUUUUCAGCUACCAACCAAGACUACUGAUACAUUUCUGCACUCAUUGCAUUUAAUGCUUGAAGUAGAGGGUUAAACUAACAAAUAGUUUGACACAAUGAAUUGUUUUAUAUGCAAGUAUUUAUUAUUUGUGCUCAUUGUUGUAACAAAAUCCUGUGAACAUUUGUGUGAAACACGAUUGUAACAAAAUCCUGUGAACAUUUGUGUGAAACACGAUUGUAACAAAAUCCUGUGAACAUUUGUGUGGAAGACGAUUGUAACAAAAUCCUGUGAACAUUUGUGUGGAAGAUUAUUGUAAGAACCUAGGAAGUGUUCAGAAAUGUGCACAUUGAAGUGAUUUUUCCUCAUUGAGUUGCCAGAUUUAUUUGUAAUCUUCACUGAAGUUUAAGAAAAAUAAUUUGUUUAAUAGUUAAAGAUUUUCAUUGUUUGUGCUAUGGACCUUUUUCUGGCAGGCAUGUUGACAUCAUUGAAUCUCAGUGUGUGAAAUCUCCAGGAAAUCAGUUUUCAUCAACAUGUACAUAACUGCUCAGUCUUUUUAUCAUAGUAGAGUAGAUUAUUCAUAAAAAAUUGAUCUAUUUCGCGUGGGUGUUCCUACUAUUUUUAAAUGGAGGUCUUUUUUUAAAAAAAGUAUUUUUUUGCUGUUUGAAAAUUUAGCAGUUGUAAAUUCAAAUGGAGGGCUUUUUGUAAAAAAAAUAUUUUUUUGCAGUUUGAAACUUUAGCAGUUGUAAAUUUAAAUGGAGGGCUUUUUGUAAAAAAAUAUUUUUUUUGCUGUUUAAAAAUUUAGCAGUUGUAAAUUUAAAUGGAGAGCUUUUUUGUUAAAAAAAUAUUUUUUUGCAGUUUGAAACUUUAGCAGUUGUAAAUUUAAAUUGAGGGCUUUUUGUAAAAAAAAUAUUUUUUUUUUGCUGUUUUAAAAUUUAGCAGUUUUAAAGGGAUUUUUGUGGGCUGCUUUGGAGAUUGCAGAAAAAAAGUUCACACAAGGUAUUAAAAGAGCUGAAUUGAUUCACAUGAAUUAUAUUUAUAAUGGUUUUCCAACUCCUGAAGUAAGAACGAGACCUUCAUGGCAUUGCCACAGCCUGCAGUGAAGUUUAUCUUUGUGGCCCAGUUGAAUUCCCAGAUGUUACAACUUUGUCAUUAGUCUUGCAUCCCUACGACUUAACACUUCAAAGGAACAAAUCUGUAUGGUUUAAUGAUACACUUAAAAGAAAGUGUUAUUACCUCAUUUCACUAUGUUAACCAGCAUAUUUCAUUCAUUCUCUAUUUUGGGGCAGUUGUCUGUUGUAUGGUGCUUGUCAGUUGUUUUUUUUGUGGCAUUGCGCAAUGUUUUUGCAUUUAAAAUUUAAACACACAAAGUUUAUUUGACAUGCUUGCAUUUUUUUGUGUGGUUUGUUUGUCUUAGAAAGCCUUCCAUCAGUUUUUAGAAUCUCCUCCUAGAAAGGCUGGUAACGCAGUGAGGGUCGGGCUGGUACGGUUUGACGGGUG